UAUUACAGAGAAGUAUGCCUUAUGUUGAUGAUCUUAAUAACUCGAUAAACAUGGAGCAGCUUGUGUGUGUCGCGCUGCUGCUGAGCGGCGCGGCUCCGCUCGGGGCGGCGCCCGCUGGGAGCGGCUCUCUGCCGGGUACAGGCAGGUUCUGGCACAUCACUGACCUCCACCUGGACCCCUCCUACCACCUGGCCCCGGACCCCACCAAGGUGUGCUCCUCCUCCAAAGGAGCCGCCGCCUCCCACGCCGGCCCGUUCGGGGACUUCCUGUGCGACUCUCCCUUCGCUCUCAUCCAGUCCGCCUUCGCCCACAUGGCGCCGCUCACACAGCCACAGGACUUCAUCAUAUGGACCGGUGACAGUCCACCUCAUGUCCCUGCAGACGAGCUCUCUACGGACACAGUGAUCCAGGUGAUCAGUAACAUGACCCAGACCAUCAGACAACACUUCCCCAACCUGACGGUCUAUCCAGCCCUGGGGAACCACGACUACUGGCCACAGAUGUCGAGCUCCACCAACGCCGUCUACAAAGCUGCGGCCCGGCUGUGGAAACCCUGGCUGCAGACUGAAGCUCUGCUCACACUCUCUCAAGGGGGUUUCUACUCCCAGCUGGUGAAGCCCGGUUUGCGGGUGCUCAGCCUCAACACCAUCCUCUACUACGGCCCGAACGAAGCCACCAAGAACAUGACCGACCCCGCUGGACAGUUCGAGUGGCUGGAGAGAACUCUGGAGAAAGCUGCCCGCAGUCUGGAGAAGGUGUACAUCAUAGCUCACGUGCCGGUGGGCUACCUGCCCUUUGCCAGGAGCACCCCCGCCCUACGAGAGAGCCACAACGAGCGGCUGGUCGCCAUCUUCAGGGACCACAGUGACGUCAUCGCGGGACAUUUCUACGGCCACACCCACCGCGACAGCUUCAUGGUGCUGAUGGACCGACACGGCAAACCGGUGAAUUCUCUUUUCGUGUCUCCGGCUGUCACGCCGAUCAAACACGUUCUGGAGCCGUACUCCAACAACCCGGCUUUCCGCGCCUACUUGUACAACACCGAGGACUUCGCCGUCUUGGAUAUCUGGCAGUACUACUUGAACCUGACGGAAGCCAACGAGGAACAAAGGUCCUCCUGGCGGUUGGAGUACAUCAUGACGGAGGCCUUUGGACUGGCUGACCUGCGGCCGCCCGGCCUCCUGCGUCUGGCCCUGAGCUUCGGGGCGCCGCGUUCCGAGGCCUUCGCCGUGUACUUCGCUCACUACAUGGUGGCGUACGACCUCAGCGUCGCGUGCGAGGGCGCCUGUAAGCUCAGCCAGGUGUGUGCGGCGCUGCACCUGGACCGCGAGGGCUACUCCCAGUGUGUGGCGAAGGGGUGAAGACCAGGGGGGCUUUUUACGGGAUUUUACUGUCAAUUAAUCAAACUUUAUUGGUAUUGCUGUGCGGACGACGGGCGGAUGUUGAGAAAUGAUGUCAAAUAGAUUUAAACGCUAUAAUAACAGUAGUAAAACACAAUUAAAUAAAACAUUGAGAAUAAGAUAUAUCAUAAUUAUAUUAUGUGAUUUGACAGCUUAAAUGCAAUAGGAUAAAUGAUUAAUGAAAUAGCAGUACAAUUAAGUACAUUUGUACAGCUUAAAUACAAUAAAUACGUGAUAAACAUUUAAAAAAUCAAACCUUUUAAAACUUUUUAAAAUUAGUUUACUGUGUUAUUGAAAUAAAAAUGUAAAUCUUGAGGGAUUUGUCUCAGGGAGUCGCAUUUUUAUUUAUUUUUUACUGUACAUGCAAAGCUGUUUGUGUCAAUAUAAACGUGCACGUGACUUAACGAGACCCACGUGCACGAUCACAACCGCCAUCUUGUUUUGAGCUGCAGAGACAAAUUCAACUGGAUCAUUUCAUAUUUACAGGGUUUUGUUUGAUUACAUUUAAUGGUUUGUUUUGUUCUUUAUGUCUUUAGCUGUUCAUAAAUCAAUAUUUGUGUUUUUAUGUCGUUUCUUCAUUGUUAUAUGUACUCGAAUAUAUUAAUAAUAAAGUUUUUACUUUGCUUAUGUA